GUCCUUUAAGCAAUAUGUCUUCUUCUUUUGUGGGGAGUGGUGAUUUCUCACCAAUUAAAUGUACCUUGAAAACCACAAGAUUUCAAUUCCAUCACCAACUUCCUGUCCAGAGAUGUUAGUUGGAAUCCUGCCACUCUCAUUUAACUGUCCUGCUUAAGCCUUCACAGUUAUGUGUCAGUCGAUUGGAAGGUUGAAAAGGCAGGCGAUCAUCUAUUUAUGCCUCCAUCAGCUGCCUCCUCGAGCAAACCAGAGCUUCUGCUUCCUCUCUUCCCUUACUCUUUGUCUCCUCCUUCCAAGUAAGGAGAAUGACUUCUCUUGGUCUGGUUCUGGUUGCCUUUCACUCGGUGUUCUCUGCUGCAUACGGGUAUGGACACGGAGGGGGAUGGUCUGCUGCUCAUGCUACCUUCUAUGGAGGAAGUGAUGCGUCUGGGACAAUGGGUGGAGCUUGCGGCUACGGCAACCUGUACAGCCAGGGCUACGGCACCAAUACCGCAGCCCUGAGCACCGCCCUCUUCGACAACGGGCUCAGCUGCGGCGCCUGCUACGAAAUGAAGUGUGUGAAUGAGCCGCAGUGGUGCCUGCCGGGCUCCAUCGUUGUCACAGCCACCAACUUCUGCCCACCCAACGAUGCCCUCCCCAACAACAACGGCGGCUGGUGCAAUCCUCCCCUGCGGCACUUUGACCUCUCCCAGCCCGUCUUCCUGCGCAUUGCCCGGUACAGGGCUGGCAUUGUGCCCGUCGCUUACAGAAGGGUCCCGUGCAAUAGAAGGGGAGGAAUCAGGUUCACCAUCAAUGGCCACUCCUACUUCAACCUCGUGCUCAUCACCAACGUGGGAGGAGCCGGAGAUGUGCAUGCUGCGUCCGUCAAGGGGUCCAGCACUGGGUGGCACCCCAUGUCCAGGAACUGGGGCCAGAACUGGCAGAGCAACACCUACCUCGAUGGCCAGGCGUUGUCCUUUAAGGUCACCACAAGCGAUGGCGUGUCUGUGGUCUCCUUCAAUGUGGUUCCUGCAACCUGGUCUUUUGGCCAGACCUUCAGUGGUGCCCAGUUUGCUUAAUUCCUUUUAACCCUUGCAACAGCAUCGGGUCAGUAGGAGCCAGUCGUUGAGUCACCAUGGCUGCGGAGUCAUGGGUUCGGGUAAGAAGAGCUUGUUUUACUUCGGCUCUUCAUAAUAUCAAGUGAUGAGUUCCAUCUUGAGAGGCCUUUGGGCUGGUCAUGAAGGAGAAGAGCGGGAUGGAUGCUGCUCUUCCCUUUUGGGCAGCGGUGGAAUCCUACCACCCGCCCAGUUGCAACUGAGUCAAAAGUCCUUUUUUAUUUCUUCUUCUUCUUCUUCUUCUUCUUUCUUUCUUUGUGUUUACCUUUUGCUGUUUGUGCUCUUAACUCACUGUUGGGAGCUUAAAAAGAGAGUUCCUCCCAGGAAUAAUCACUGCAAGUCUUCCUAUC